CACACACACACACACACACACACACGCUCGCGCACUUGUUGCGCCCGGCACUGACUCAUCUGAAGCUCUCUGCGGAUGUGAUGUCUGAUGUCAACAAGAUAAAGCAAAACUACACACUGAAGUGAACAUUAAUUAAACCCACGCUCAUGGGUGAUAAACGGAAAUCGUGUCGAAUGGAUUAAACUAAUCUGCGUGUUGAUUAAGUGUUGAUUACUUUAAGCAGACAGCAUGCUGGUGAUUCGCCUAACUUCCGAUUCAGAGGGGAACGGGACAGUAAUCAAACUGGUUUGUCCAUCGUCCACGUCUGACUGCGUGAUUGACUCAGAAAAAGGCGGCAACUGGACUUUAAUCAGCGAAAACAUCUCCACUGUUGUGGUGCCGUCUCUUUCUUCAGACAAAUGGAGUAAAUUUGACUUUUGGAUCGGUCUGACUCUAGCAAUGCUCUCAGCUGUUCUCAUUGGAGGAAGCGUGAUCCUGAAAAAGAAGGCACUGCUACGUUUGGCUGCGAAUGGGAAAACCAGGGCAGGUGAAGGAGGACAUGGCUACCUGAAGGACUGGCUGUGGUGGGGUGGACUGCUGACCAUGGGAGGAGGUGAAGCAGCAAACUUUGCUGCCUACAUGUUCGCUCCAGCCACCGUCGUCACCCCUCUUGGAGCGCUGAGUGUACUUUUCAGCGCCGUGUUGUCCUCUCACCUCUUCGGGGAAACGAUGAACCUGUUAGGAAAGCUCGGUUGCAUGCUAAGCCUUUUGGGAAGCACCAUUAUGGUCAUCCACGCACCAGAAGAGGAAGCUGUGACUACUCUAAAUGAGAUGACACACAAACUGCUGGACCCAGGUUUCCUAGUGUUUGCCAGCAUCCUUCUCAUAGCCUGUUUGGUUAUGGUCUUUUACUUUGCUCCUCGCAUUGGACAUACCAACAUAUUAAUCUACAUAAGCAUCUGCUCGCUGCUCGGGGCCUUCACCGUGUCUUCAGUGAAAGGGCUGGGUAUCUUCCUGCGUACGGUUGUCGUCGAGCCAUCAGUCUUGCGUAAUCCUCUCACCUGGAUCCUCCUGCUGACUUUAGUAGCUUCCGUCAUAAUCCAGAUCAACUACCUGAACAAGUCUCUGGACACCUUUAACACGCUUCUCGUUUACCCUAUCUACUACGUGUUCUUCACUAGCGUUGUGCUCACCACCUCCAUCAUCCUGUUCAAAGAGUGGGGCUCCAUGUCAGCCGUGGACGUCGUGGGCACCAUUGGAGGAUUCCUGGUCAUCGUGUUUGGUGUGAGUAUGCUUCAUCUUUUCAAAGAUCUGCGUGUGACUUGUGAUGAGCUGAGGAGUAAUCUCUGCCAGCCUCAGGCCCUGAACAGCCCAGGAAAGAGGGAGGACAAACACAUUCUCAUCGAGAAUGUGGACACCCUGCCUCCAAUGAGAGAGGAAGGCCCCAGAGUCUUCAUCAUCAGCUGAGUGGAAGGUCAUUUUAAAACGGCUUAAAGGAGCUAGGCGGGGUAAAAUAUAUCUAAUGUAUAUCAUCAAGGAAUCAGCCAACGAAUGUUCAGUGUAUUCUAGUUAUUUCUGUACUAAUUUUAGGAGGUUAAUGUAGCUCACUAGAUUCAGAAGACAUUAUCGUCGAGUUUCUAUCCUUGGAAAAGAGUACACCAGUCCAUUACACAGACUCCUUCAUACCAACUUCCAGUUUAGACUAGCCAGUCCUCUUACCGACAUGGUUUUUUGUUGCUAGGAAGAAACCAGAGAACCUAAAAGGAACCUAUAUUGAAAUGCUUCAAACCUAGCUUCCAGAUUUGAACAAUUCUUCUUUCAACCUUUGGAGACUUCGAAAGCUUGGGGACAGACUGCUUACAAAUAUCACCCCAUAUAACCAAGCUUGUCCAAGAUGGCCGCUCAUGGCCGCUCACGCAAUACAGUGAGGUUUUAAUCAUGGCUGUAGAACACAAGGUCACACUGUGUCCUGAAUCUUGUCUUGUGCAACUGUGUAAUAACUGCAGGACCAUAAUUAACAGAAAAGAUUUAUUUUUAUUACUUGUGACGAACUCUAGACUCUUAGAUCUAGUACAAAAUCGCAGAAGCAAACACUAAACAAACAACACUAUACAUUUUGGCUGAUCGUGGCUGAUAUCAUAUUUUGGUUAAACUGUAAAUUUGAUUUUUUUUUUUUACUAAAACUUUCUUACACUUUGAUAAAACUCUAGCAAUAUCAGUGCUGUGUUCUGUGAUGGAGGCAAAUUUUGAUUCAGCUCUUGUUGAGGAUCAGCCUUGAUGAAGCAGAAGCACAUGAUAUAGAUUUCAUCUUGGAUACAAUAUUUUUUCAGGAUUUUUACUGCAUACUAAACAUCUUAUAGAACUAUUAAGCAACUUUAAUUUAAUGUCGCCUUUUAAUAUACAGUAUAAUGCUGGUUUUAAUCAUCUUUUUCUACUCAUGGAUUAGAUAAUAAAGACAGGUGAUCAGGAAACUUUGCACAAGACCUUGAAAAAAACUUGCACUUUGGGUGACUUGUCCAAAAAGCACAUUUGUCAAAGCAAUUUGAUGCAAAUCUCAGCUGCUGCUCUGCUCUACACUUGCAUGUAAGGAAAUCUUCCUCGAAGCAAAAUGCAAGUUUCAGGUCAAAAGCAUUUCUGAAGGUUACGUGAAGCUAUUGAAACUGAAGAGCGUGAACAUAUCAGAAGUAGUACAUUUCUCUACUCGUAUUUUGAGCAACUUUUCUUAAAAGCUGUUAAAUUUUAUGAAAUAUUUUACGCAAUAUUGCCUUUUUUGUGCAGGAUUAAUGCAAGUGCAAUGCAAAAUGUCUGAUUUUUUUUUUUAAAAAAAGGGGGGACGUAUCAGAAACUGUGAAAAUUAUGUAAAGUAGCUAAAGACACGAUGCAUCAGCAGUUGAAUGUGGCUGAGGCAGAUGACUGUCAAGCACCCAUGCAAAUAUAUGUCUAUUAAACAAUAUGCAAACAAUAA